UACACUCUUUGAAUUCAGAGUGGCAGUUAAGCUGAAGACGUCGAUUUCGAAUUGUAGCGCGCAUUGUGAAGAGUUACAUGAGUGUCAGUGGAGUGCCUCGUUUAUACAGUGACAGUGAUUUUGAACUAGUGUGAAGUUUUUUUCAAGUGAAAAAUGAUACCACGACCCCGUUGCAAAUUACGAACCAUCUUCAUCGUUACUCUCUUAGUCUUCCUCCUAGUCCAGAUCUCUACAUCAGAACGAGUUACACGACGUCGACUUCGACGACCCCUCAAAACCACACAAAGCGUUUCAGUAACCAAAGACCAAGAAGUCUCUUCCAGUGUCAACCGUUUCCGGUUAAGAUCGCGGCCGGGCCAUCGCAAAACAGAUAACUCUCUUUCCGCGACGAGCAAAAAAGACAAAGAUGGAUACAAAGUGGUGUGUUAUUACACCAACUGGUCGCAGUACAGAGUCAAAAUUGGGAAAUUCACGCCGGAGGAUAUCAUCCCGGACUUAUGCACACAUAUCAUCUUUGCUUUUGGAUGGUUGAAGAAAGGGAAACUGUCAUCAUUUGAAAGCAAUGAUGAGACCAAAGAUGGGAAAGUGGGGUUGUAUGAAAGGAUUCAAAAGUUGAAGAAGGCUAACCCAAAUUUGAAGACGUUGUUGGCUAUUGGAGGGUGGUCUUUUGGGACGCAGAAAUUUAAAGAUAUGGCGUCCACGAGGUAUGCAAGACAGACGUUCAUCUUCAGUGCUAUUCCCUUCCUGAGGGACCGAGGAUUCGAUGGAUUGGAUAUUGAUUGGGAGUACCCGAAGGGGUCGGAAGAUAAGAAGAAUUACGUCUUGCUUUUGAAAGAACUACGCGAAGCCUUCGAAGCUGAAGCCCAAGAGAUCAAAAAACCGGCUCUUCUUCUCUCAGCCGCCGUCCCCGUAGGCCCUGACAACAUCAAAGCCGGCUAUGACGUCCCGGCUGUGGCUUCAUAUCUUGAUUUCAUCAACUUGAUGGCUUACGACUUCCAUGGGAAAUGGGAACGAGAGACAGGCCACAAUGCACCUCUCUACUCCCCCAGCAGCGAUAGUCAGUACCAGAAACAACUGAACGUAGAACACGCGGCCAACCUUUGGGUCAAACUGGGUACUCCUAAAGAGAAAUUGGUUAUUGGUAUGCCCACCUAUGGGCGUACUUUUACUCUAUCAAACUCUGCCAAAUUCGGGGUUCAUUCCCCAGCAAGUGGCGGAGGUAAAGAAGGUACUUACACGAAAGAAUCCGGGUUUUUGGCCUAUUAUGAAGUGUGCGAGUUGCUCCAAAACGGGGCUACGUAUAUUUGGGAUGAUGAGAUGAAAGUACCUUAUGCGGUCAAUGGGGACCAGUGGAUUGGGUUUGAUGAUGAAAAAUCGAUUAGGAACAAAAUGAAGUGGAUUAAAGAUAAUGGGUUUGCGGGGGCUAUGGUGUGGACCAUCGACAUGGAUGAUUUCUCAGGGACGAUUUGUGGGGGCCAAGUCAAAUUCCCUCUUAUUGGAGCCAUGAGGGAGGAGCUUCGAGGAAUCUCUCGCGGGAAGAACGCCAAAGACGUCGAUUGGCAAAAAAUUGCCGGUGCUGUUGAAGAAGAUGACGAAGACGCGAUCGAAAAACCAGCCCCGGUCAAGAUUUCGGUCCAGGAAGUACUCAACAGGGUUAGGAAACCGACCAAGAAACUCCAUUUGAAAAAUUCACCAAUCAGCAAGAAAGUUCGCCCCCCUCAGGUCCUCUGCUACAUUACCAGCUGGUCCCAGAAACGUCCAGGCGCUGGUAAAUUUACUCCAGAAGACAUCAAUCCAUCCCUCUGCACUCACAUCAUUUACGCUUUUGCCACUCUUAAAGACCACAAACUCGCUGAAGCAAGUGAUAAAGAUCCAGAAAUGUACGAUCGGGUUGUAGCCCUCCGUGAGAAAAACCCCGACUUGAAAAUACUCCUUGCAAUCGGAGGAUGGGCUUUCGGUUCAACUCCUUUUAAAGAACUCACGAGUAACGUCUUCAGAAUGAACCAAUUUGUUUAUGACGCUAUAGACUUUUUGCGCGAAUUCCAAUUCAACGGUUUGGACGUCGACUGGGAGUACCCUCGAGGUGCCGAUGACCGUGCUGCUUAUGUCAAUCUUUUGAAAGAGUUGAGAGUGGCUUUCGAGGGCGAGGCGAAGACGAGUGGACAACCUCGUCUUCUGCUAACAGCAGCAGUACCAGCGUCGUUUGAAGCCAUUGCUGCUGGGUAUGAUGUACCUGAAAUUUCGAAGUACCUCGAUUUUAUCAACGUGAUGACGUACGACUUCCAUGGUCAAUGGGAACGAACUGUGGGUCACAACUCGCCUCUAUUCCCGCUCGAAAGUGCUACAAGCUACCAGAAGAAGCUUACAGUGGACUACUCUGCCCGGGAAUGGAUAAAACAAGGGGCUCCUAAGGAAAAACUCAUGAUUGGUAUGCCCACCUACGGCCGUAGCUUUGAACUAGUUAACAAAACCCAAUUUGAUAUCGGAGCCCCAGCCAGUGGCGGUGGUACUCCCGGGAAAUACACUUCCGAGGCCGGUUUUAUGAGUUUCUACGAAAUUUGCGACUUUCUACACGAAGAUAACACAACACUAGUCUGGGAUAAUGAACAGCAGGUCCCGUUUGCGUACCGAGGCAACCAAUGGGUGGGCUUCGACGAUGAAAGGAGUUUGAAAACAAAGAUGGCAUGGUUGAAAGAAGAGGGCUUUGGGGGCAUAAUGAUCUGGUCGGUGGACAUGGACGACUUCCGUGGUUCCUGCGGAAGCGGUAAGUACCCUCUAAUCAAUGCCAUGAGACAAGAACUGGAAGGUUACAAAGUGAAACUGGAGUAUGACGGCCCUUACGAAACAUCGAUUUCUUCAGGACAGUACACGACGAAAGAUCCAAAUGAGGUGACUUGUGAUGAAGAGGAAGGUCAUAUCAGUUAUCAUCCUGAUAAGGCCGAUUGUCGGAUGUAUUACAUGUGUGAAGGAGAGAGGAAACACCACAUGCCUUGUCCCUCGAAUCUUGUUUUCAAUCCGGAUCAGAACGUUUGUGAUUGGCCCGAAAACGUUGAAGGGUGCAUGCAACACACAGCUGCUCCACCCACUAAACGAUAAUUUCUAACUGAAACUUUGUAAAUAAUUGGAAAUUUAGUCUUGUUUAGUAACACGGAAUUUAUUUGUUUUAUUAAUUUAAGUGAUUAUGUUACUGCCAUUGACUGAAAAAGAUUCUUUUGUGAAACUGCCAUAAGAAAAGACAGUUUUUUGCACUCGUAUUGGGGAUCAAUUUUAAUAAAUUGUUUUAUCGAGUUAUUUAACUUUCUAUUUUAUACAAUAAUUUAUAAAUUAUGCAUUGUAGUUGUAGCGAAAGAAUAUUUUUAUAUGGUAUACGUUUAGUAUAUUAUAACAAUUGUAAAUACAUAUAAAUAAAUAUAAAAAACUGAUCGUUUUCAUUCGAAUCAC